CACCGGGAUCUAUCCUUAUUGUAUUUUAUUCUGUUCAUAACUCUCGCUCCCGACGUACGUCCCGGCCGCGCAUCCAUUUGUGUCAAGUCUUCCUAAAGCCAUCACAAGUUUUUUUCAUACAUCGAUGAACUAUAUUGUAAUCCAUCGAUGUCCAUGGGCAUAAUGUAAAUAUGAUAGCAAAUAAAUGUUUUGUAUCUCUUGUUACUAUUGACCCAUGUUUUGUUUUAUUUUGUGAACGGUUAUAAAGUUUAUGACUUUAAAUAAUAAACACAGCCAAUAUAAACUCAACUAACUUAUUAAAAACGAAUACUCUUGGUUCAACAUUAUGUAUAUCAAUUUCGUAGUGUUUCAUAUACUUAUUCUCAACGUUGUCUAUCGUGUCGCUGGUGCAGUAUCAGACUUAAAGGGAAACGUUGAAAGUAGCGAAACGUGCUUAGCUCGAGUGGCGUCCUGUGAGCAGAAUGCAGGCAGCGCCAAGAAAACAGUAUGCGGUACCGACAGUCGCACCUACCCUUCACGUUGUGACCUCAUGAAGGCCCAGUGCUCGGCGAAAGCUGUUGCUCUGGCCCACAGGGGUCCUUGUGCUGAGAGUCAAUCUUCGUGCCUCAUUGCAUUGCGUUACGCAUUGAACACGCGCAACGCUGGGCGUCGAGCGGCGUUCGUGCCACGGUGCCGCGCUGACGGCACCUAUGCGCCCGUACAGUGCGCACCCUCCGCCGGCUGUUGGUGUGUCAACCCCGACGGCAAAACCUAUCCUGACACAACCUUCUGGAAUGGUAGACCCGACUGUACUAGGACUGGUAAAUCACAUACCAGAAGACGGUCAUCCGCACGAGGCCUAAGGAAUAAAAGAAGUUGUACAAGAACAGACCGAGCCCAAUUUAACGCGAAUUUAAUCAAGAUAUUCAGUGGAGAGUUGGAGCGAGCUCGUUCGGAUACUGGUGGUCCUGCGGUGGAACCUAGAGCCGUGGCCGAAUGGAAGUUCAGGGAACUCGACCGGGAUCGCAGCGGCGCCUUGCAAAAGUCAGAGUACCGAGGCCUUCGAAGACUUAUAAAGAAGGUGGUCAAACCGAAGCGCUGCGCUCGGGCAUGGGCUCGUGGCUGCGACGGCGAUGGGGACGGCGCCAUUGCCCGCUCUGAGUGGGUGUCCUGCUUGCUCGCCAACCCUGAGCCGCCUGCGCCGGACUACGAUGUGAGUGGUCCCGAACCUGAGGACGACUACACCGAGGUGGAAUCCCCGUUGGACCCCACCGCAGUGCUGCCAGGUAUAAUGAGGAACUCGUUCGCAUCUGAAGGCUCCGACAACAGAAGAGAAGAUGAGAUCAACGACUGCCACACAGACCGUCAAGCCGUUUUAGAUGAACAGAAAGCCGGCGGGGCGGUCUUGUACGUACCGGAAUGCACAGGGGAUGGUCGCUAUGCCCGAGCGCAGUGUUACAAGACGACGGGUUACUGCUGGUGCGUCCAUCAGGAUACCGGCAAACCUAUACCCGGCUCCUCAGUCAAAGACAGGAAACCUGAUUGCGAUGCCGCACCGCAACAUGCUAGCCCCAUGAGAGGUUGCCCAGAGCCCAUUAAAUCAAUCUUCCUUCGAGACUUAAUGAGCUUCUUCAUUUCCAAGAUGACGGCGUCGUCAAACGGCACGGGUCCCGGGGACUUGGUCAAAUGGGGAGCGUCGAAAGAAGAACAGGCUGCGACUUGGACGUAUGUGAUGUUGGAUAAGGAUAAGAACAAAGCGCUAGACAGACGAGAGUGGAAGGCUUUUCACCAGCUAAUCAACAACUCGGAGUCUUUACGCCGCUGCGGGCGCAAGUUGCCUCGUUACUGCGACGUCAACCAUGAUACUAGGAUAAGCAUUACGGAGUGGAUGACUUGCUUGGAAGUGACACAGGCUCCACAAGGACAGAACACGGAAACCACAAAAGCUCCGGGAAACCCGAGAAGAAAAGGUCCCAAUCCCCUUGAAUCCAUCCUUAAAGCCGACGACUAACUAGGCUGAUAAUCACAAACAAGAUCAAAGAAAUAGAUGACAACUUAGAACUAACGAUAGUCAAGUGAUGAAAGAGAACAAUAAUAAUAAAUUUAAGCAAUUAAUAAUACUUAUAAAAUAUGUGUUAUAAGUGUUUUGAAUAUAUUACAAAAAUAUAAUUACGAAAUAGACAAAAUCGUAUGCGAACAUGAUUUGCAAGAUUCUCGGUUAGUUUGUAUUUACUUACUACUUAUAAUUUAUUUAACGGUCUAGACUCACUAGUCUUAUACUUUUGUUCGUGUCUCAGGAAACGCAACAAGCAAAAGUUAUGCUUGUCAUAAGUGUAUUAGUACUAGAUAGAAGAGUCCGCAACGGCGAAAAUUACGUCAUCGAACAAAAGGUCUUAAUUUUUAGUAACAGUUUAUUUAAAACGGAAUACUGUUGGAGGAACAAUCACAACGAACAUAGGACUACAAGUGCCAUAAGGAAAUCGCAGUUGGAAUGCAGUCAGCGAGCCCUUUGGAUGCACACGGUGCGAUUGCGCGCCGACGACACGCUGUACUAUUUUAGUAGUCGGUAGUGGGGUGGAGCGGUGGGGUGCAAUUAUAUGACGAUGUUAAGUAACAAUAAGCAGUGAUCAGACUUGAGAGAGUUAAUUUACCUAAAGUAUGAACGUUUUCUUAGUACGGACAUACCCAUUUCACGUCAUCAAUGCGUAUAAAAUGUCUUUUUUUUACUGUUCAUUUUCUAAAUAUUCCAAAAUAUAGGUUGUCUCAUGUUUAUUUUGUAAAUGGCUAAAGUAUUUAAAUUCGUAAGUACCCAUAGAAACACAACUCUAAUAUAAUUUUUGAGACAAUAAUUUGAAGCAAAUACUUAAUAGGAAAUAAUAAUUAGUCGCCAAGGUACUCAAAUUUCAAUAAACAAUACGCAGUUCCGAGAAGACCUGGGAUUUACAGAAGGGAAUAUUCACAUCAUUCUUUACUUUAGUUAAAUUAACUCUCUCAAUUCCGAUCAGUGGUAAUAAUAUAAGCCAUAUAAAAAAACUAUAAUUAAUAUCGAAAAUGAUUUGAAAAUGUUUAGUGGAUUCAU